UUCGCGUGUCGAUUUCUUGUUGCAGUUGAGAGUACCGUUCGAUCAACUUAGUCUAGACAAGUCUGCUAGCCGUGGAGUGUUGUUGGUGAACUGAAGGCAAAUUCUACACUUGAGGAAUCCUGACACCGAAGUCCAAAUAGACCUAGGCUACAUGUACAUACAUGUACAUGUAGUACUAUAGCCGUCUUGAUUCGACCAACCAACGUCUUACCCUAUGGCUCAAGCUGUUGUUAAAGCUCCAAGAGUGUUUCUCUGCUGCACAGAUCGCGCGGAAGACCAAACUUUGGCGAGAAAUUUGAUUGAAGUUUUGGAGAGGCCUCCCUUUUCUUUGCAGGUCGUCUGUCCUGGUCUCACGGAAGAGUGGGGUCAUACUGCACACGAAAGCGCCAGCGAGGGUCUAGAGAACUGCACUGCAGCUGUCAUAAUUGCAAGCACAGAACUGUUUAGACAGUCUCCUUCGAUUCGAUCAGCAAAGAGUUGUUUGGAUGCUUUGUUUCAGUUUAGCUCAAGCAAGCUCUUGCUGCUACGUCGGAAUCUCUCGGUGGAGGAGUUGAAGAGGCACACACCAUUAGGUUACCAGAGGAGUGUUGAUGCAAAUAGCAAGCGUUUAGAAGAUGUGGCAAGACUCAUUUAUGACAAAGUUCAUCAAGAUGAAGGAAUGGAUGACAGGCAGUAUCUGCAUCUUCGAAAUGAUUUUGGAGAGCGGCAGUCCUCAGAUGAUCAAUCAUCGAUGAGAGAACAACAUUACUUAUAUGAUGUGUUCAUCUGUUUUCAAAAUGAUGCUGCUGUUUAUGUGAAAGAGACUCUUUUGAAAGAGUUGGAAGAUCCAACAGUUGGAGUGAAAGCGUGUGUUCAUUAUAGAGACUUUCGUCCUGGAAAAACAAUCAUUAGGAAUAUUAUUGAUUGUAUACGAAAUAGUAGAAAUGUUGUGUUCGUGGUCAGUCAUGGAUUCUCAACCAGUGGAUGGUGCAGUUUUGAGGUGGAUGCUGCUAUUACAGUUAUCCUGAAAAGAGCUCAAGGUGAGAAUCGGAAAGUGAUCCCAAUUCUUCUUCCAGGAGCUACAGUUCCUGAAGAACUACAAAUAUAUCAGCCUGUCAGUGAUGGUGAUGCCGAAUUUUGGCCAAAGUUGAAAAGUGCACUGAAAUCAGAUGUAUCAAGUUAAUUAAUGGUGCUUAGUAUUGAUAACAUACUUGCUUUUGUAAUAAAUUUAGUUAAUGAAUUGUGGAAUGUUUUCAUUUUUUCUACAGUACAGUAGAUGUCUAGAUGUUGGGAAGUGAUAGGGAUGUUUUAUUACCUGCUGUACUGAUGCGUAAUAUACAUGUAUA